AUGAACAUCUUCCGCUUCCUUGGGGAUUUGGCCCACUUGGUGCUGAUCUUUUUGCUCAUCCACACCAUUGAAAAGAACAAGAGCGCCAAUGGGCUUUCGCUAAAAACCCAGGUGCUCUAUAUGAUCGUGUACAUCACGCGGUACACCGACUUAUUCACCAAGUUUUACUCAGUGUACAACACCCUCAUGAAAAUCACCUUCCUCGUGUCCCAAGCAUACAUUAUCUUCCUCAUUGCCAAAAAGUACAUCAAGAAUACCAAGAUUGAGGUCGACACCUUCCCUAUCCGCUACUUGUUCGCGGCAGCGGCGUUGUUCGCGUUGAUUUUCACCCAAAAGUACACCGUGGGCGGCAUCGUGUGGUCGUUCUCAUUGUGGCUUGAGCUGGUGGCGAUCAUCCCUCAAUUGUACAUUUUGCAACGUACCGGUGAGGCAGAAAACAUCACCACCCACUACAUCGCUGCCCUCGGUAUUUACCGGGCGUUAUACAUUCCCAACUGGAUCUGGCGGUACUUGGUUGAAGGCAAGUUCAACUACGUCUCCGUGUUGCUGGGGGUGGUCCAGACAUUGGUGUACACCGACUUUUUCUACAUCUACUGGCAAAAAGUGUUGAAGGGCAAGAAAUUCCUGUUGCCGGUUUGA